AACCUUCCUGUCUUUGGCGUUCGAGGUGCUUCUUUCUGGGGCUUUUCUUUUGUUUCUAGGAGAACCGUGUGGUUGCUCUGCAUGUUGUGUUUCCAUAUUUCAAGUCGGGUCUCGGCUGGUUGCAUGUUUGCUCUCACCCGCCUGGUGUCUCAAGGAACUUGACGCAGAGACACCGAUUCAGAAAGACAGUGCAUACAGCAAGGCUGCAGCGCUGGAACUCCCAACCCCACACGUACAAUGGCGAUGGCACGAGAGAUCGACCCGGUCUUCUAUUCUUUUACUCACCUCAAGCACUUCCCCCGCCAAGAUGAAGCGCUGCACCACCUUAAGAAGAUUGCUUCCCUAGUGAAGCCGCUCAUGCGAGCCCGAGGCUGGAAGGUGCGGACGCUUUCCGAGAUGUAUCCAGAACAGGCCAACCUGCUCGGAUUGAACGUCGACAAGGGCCACCAGAUCCUGAUCCGCCUCCGCGAGCCGUUUGACCGCAGCCAGUUUCUUCCGUUUGAGAAGAUGGUCGACACGAUGCUGCAUGAGCUGUCUCACAUCGUCCACGGGCCGCACGACCACAAGUUCAACGCCCUGUGGAACCAGCUGCGCGAGGAGCUCGAGGGCCUGAUGACGAGGGGCUACACCGGCGAAGGUUUCUUGGGCAAGGGCCAGCGCCUCGGCGGUCGAAAUAUCCCAUACCACGAAGCCCUCCGGUUGGCCCGCGCGGAGGCCGAAAGGCGUAGGCCCCAGCCGACGGCGUUCGGAGGGUAUAGAUUGGGUGGUACCGCACCGCGGCCCGGUGAAGACUUGCGCUCCGCCAUCCUGGAGUCUAUCGAGCGGCGGCGGAACACAAGCGAGCUCGGCUGCGCCAACAACAACCGCAACGAGCGCGAGAUUCAAGCCAUCUCUCAGACUUGGACGAGAAACGGGUUCCGGACGCAAGCAGAGGAGGACGCCGCCAACGAAGCGGCCAUCGCGCAGGCCUUGUGGGAGCUCGUCCAGGAAGACGAGAAGCGCAAGAAUGCCGAACGUCCCCCGCCUAUUCCGACUGCCACACGGCCACCCGCGCGACCGAAGUCUCCCGAGAGAAGAGAUUUCUGGGCAUGUGGACUCUGCACGCUGCACAAUCCGCUACAUGCGAGCGCUUGCGAUGCCUGUGGAACGCGGCGCCCCUCGGAGCCAUUCCGGACCGGUCCAAGAGAGGCAAUAGAUCUCACUGAGAGCCCACCGAAGAAGAAGCCAAAACCUGCGGCCGCGUCUGCAAGAACGGUGGCACCACCGCCAAUACCGCCGCGACCAGCGACUUGGCGGUGCUCAUUCUGCAGCAAUGUGAUGGAGAGUCAGUGGUGGACAUGCUCGCUGUGUGGCAAGAUGAAGGAGAGCUCAUGAUUGCUUACGAAUUGAUCACUUAGGAUUACUAUGUUGAUAGAUGACCUAGAUACCAACGAAGCCUUUGACGCUGAAUCUGUUCCAUUUCAUGCGUGUAAAGUCUCAGCCUCUG